AUGAAAGAUUUGGGAGAAGUUGAUACUAUCUUAGGUGUUAAAGUUAAAAGACAUAGUGGGGGUUUUGCCUUAUGUCAGUCUCAUUAUAUUGACAAGGUUCUUUCCAAAUUUAAUCAUUUGGGUAUUAAAGAAUUUAAUACUCCGUUUGAUGCUUCUAGCAAGAUGGUUGAGAACCCCGGAAGAUCUGUUAGUCAAUUAGACUAUGCUAGUGCAAUUGGUAGUUUAAUGUAUGCUAUGCAUUGUACUAGGCCAGAUAUUGCCUUUGCGGUUUGUAAAUUGUCAAGGUAUACUCACAAUCCAAGUGGUGAUCACUGGAAAGGUAUAGUGAGGAUACUUGGUUAUCUGAAAAAGACAAAAACUUUUGCCUUGUAUUAUAACAGAUUUCCUUCAGUGUUAGAAGGAUAUUGUGAUGCUAGUUGGAUAACUAGUGUUGGUGAUAACAAGUCAACGUCUGGGUGGAUAUUCACUUUAGGUGGAGGAGCAAUUUCGUGGGCUUCUAAGAAACAGACGUGUAUUACUCAUUCCACAAUGGAAUCUGAGUUUAUUGCUUUAGCAGCUGCAGGAAGAGAAGCAGAAUGGCUGAGAAAUCUGUUGUUAGAUAUAAAGUUGUGGCCACAAUCAAUGCCAGCUGUUCUCUUGCACCGUGAUAGUGAAGCAACUAUGUCUAAGGCAUUUAGCAAAAUAUACAAUGGAAAAUCUAGACAUAUUGCUUUAAGACAUGAGUACAUAAGACAAUUAAUUUCGGAUGGAAUUAUUACUGUUGUGUACAUCAAGUCUAAAGACAACCUUGCUGACCCAUUCACUAAAGGACUCGCGAGGGAUAUGAUAAUAAGCACAACAAGUGCUAUGGGUCUAAGUUAUCAUCUAUCAAGGGCUCCACGUAUGGUGCAUUGGGAUUGUGUCUUGCGUACCGCAAUCUCUGAUAUCGAGGUUGAAUAUGCAGACAUCAAGGAGAAGACAUUUCUGAAUGUUCCUGGAUAUGAAGAGCCUGUGGAGUUCGGGGUGCUGACAUCAUUUGCUUACCCCUUGGAAGGUGGCCUUGGUGAAAUUGUUGUGGCGACCACCAGAAUUGAAACUAUGCUUGGUGAUACUGCAAUUGCUAUACAUCCUGAAGACAAAAGAUACAGUCACCUUCAUGGGAAAUUUGCUAUUCAUCCAUUCAAUGGAAGAAAGCUUCCAAUAGUUUGUGAUGAAAUUCUUGUAGAUAUGAACUUCGGGACUGGUGCUGUUAAGAUAACUCCAGCCCAUGAUCCUAAUGAUUUUGAGGUUGGACAGCGUCACAAACUUGAAUUCAUUAGUAUUUUUACUGAUGAUGGGAAAAUAAAUAGGAAUGCAGGUGCAUACUUUGAAGGAAUGCCUCGUUUCAAAGCUCGUAUAUAUGGAAAUUUGUUCUUAUUUAUGACAAUUUAUGAGGUCUUGCAUGAAAAGGGUCUCUACAGGGGUGCUAAGGAUAAUGAGAUGCGCCUUGGGAUUUGUUCAAGAAGCAAUGAUGUAGUGGAACCUCUUAUAAAGCCCCAGUGGUUUGUCAACUGCAAAAAUAUGGCCAAACAGGCUUUGGAUACUGUUAUGGAUGAUGACAAUCGGAAAAUGGAGAUCAUCCCAAAACAAUAUGCUGCUGAAUGGAAAAGAUGGCUUGAGAAUAUUCGUGAUUGGUGCAUCUCAAGACAGCUUUGGUGGGGUCAUCGUAUUCCUGCUUGGUAUGUGACACUGCAUGAUGAUAAGCAGAAGGAAUUUGGUGUUUGUGAUGAUCACUGGAUUGUUGCUAGAAAUGAAGAAGAGGCUCGAGAUUUGGCUUGUAGGAAAUUUUCAGGGAAGGAGAUUGUUGAGCUCUCUCAAGAUCCAGAUGUGCUGGAUACCUGGUUUUCAUCUGGUCUUUUCCCAUUAUCUGUAUUGGGGUGGCCAGAUGAUACUGCGGAUUUAAAAACAUUUUAUCCAACUUCGGUUCUUGAAACUGGACAUGAUAUUCUCUUCUUCUGGGUUGCACGUAUGGUGAUGUUGGGGAUAACGCUGGGAGGUGACGUACCAUUUACGAAGGUUUAUUUGCAUCCAAUGAUCCGUGAUGCACAGGGACGUAAGAUGUCCAAAUCAUUGGGAAAUGUUGUUGAUCCUCUUGAAGUUAUUAAUGGAAUUACCCUUGAUGAUCUUCAUAAGAGAUUAGAGGAGGGAAACCUGGAUGCCAAAGAACUUGAGAGGGCAAAAGAGGGACAUGCAAAGGACUUUCCUAAAGGUAUUCACGAAUGUGGUGCAGAUGCUCUUCGAUUUGCCCUAGUCUCAUAUACUGGCCAGUCCGAUAAGAUCAAUCUGGAUAUCCAGAGAGUGGUUGGGUAUCGUGAAUGGUGUAACAAACUAUGGAAUGCCAUUAGGUUUGCCAUGUGUAAACUGGGUGAAGAUUACACCCCUCAGAAAAAGAUAGUUCCUAGUGAAAUGCCUUUUAGCUGCCAGUGGAUACUCUCAGCGCUUAACAAGGCCAUAGCGAAAACUGUCUCAUCCCUUGAAUCUUAUGAUUUCUCCGAUGCAGCAACAGUGGUAUAUUCAUUUUGGCAGUUCCAGUUGUGUGAUGUGUUUAUAGAAGUAAUCAAGCCAUACUUUGCCAGUGAUAAUCCAGAAUUUGUAUCUGCAAGAAGAUUUGCUCAAGACACUUUGUGGCUUUGUUUAGAUAAUGGGUUGAGAUUACUUCAUCCAUUUAUGCCGUUUGUCACCGAAGAAUUAUGGCAGCGGCUUCCUGCUAGCGGGAAUUCUAUAAAGAAAGAAUCUAUAGUGAUAAGUGAUUAUCCUUCAACUAUAAAGAGCUGGAAUAAUGAUAGUGUGGAAGCUGAGAUGGAAAAGGUUUCAUCCAUCGUUAAAGGACUGAGGUCGAAGAGGGCAUUGUUGCCUCCAAAGGAGAGAUUUGCAAGGCUGGAAGCAAUUGUGCUUUGCCGGACAACUGAUACCGUGGAGGCCAUAAAUAAACGCAAAAUGGAGAUUUGUACUCUAGCUACAUUGUCAUCUUUGAAGGUCUCAAGUGACAGUGAUGAAGCUCCAACAUCUGUCACAGUUUUUCUAGAGGAAAAAGGGACUACUAGUAACUCAGAGGCUGAAGUUGAAAGGCUUGAAAAGAAGAGAGAAGAGACGAGGAAGCAGUGUGAAAACUUAAGCAAAAUCAUGAGUGCCUCUGGCUACAAAGAGAAAGUUCCGCCUAACAUCCAUGAAGACAAUAUAGUGAAACUUAGUGUCCUAAAGCAAGAAAUGGAAUCAAUUGAAGAAAGUAUUGAGCGUCUCAUGUUAAAUUGAGGCGCAAAAUAUUAAGUCUCAUAUUUGUGAUAUACCAAGGUGGUUUUUGUAACUUUUCUUUUGCAACACUUCUAAUAUCUUUGUAACGUUA